AAAUCAUCUAAUCCCUUCAAGGAUCACCUAAUCUCAAAAGAGUAGUGUGCCAGUAUUGGCCUCUAGACCAGCCUUUGGACAUACCUGCCCUAUAAUUAAAUCUCCCUCAAUAACACUCUUUUGAAAAUUAUAAGUCCCCCUAACAUAUUGUUUGGACACGCGCGCACGCGCGCGGAGACACCCACGCCUCCUCUUCUCCGCUCUCCUCUGAAGCUCUCAGAGCUGCUCAGACCUGGGACAGGAAUGGCGGCCCCUCGGAGUUUCUUCAUCCCUUUCUCCGGGUUAUUUCUAUUUUUUUAUUUUUCUUGCGGAACUCCGACCUCGGGCAGCAAACGGUCAAACCAGGAGCGGUGUGGUUUCAAGGUACAGUCUGAUGCAGAUGGAGGUCGCAGGUUACCAGUCACCUUCAGGACUGACAACUGUUCGAUAAACUACCCAUCGGGUAAACAUGUGAUCCACGAGGUGGCCAACGUCUCCUUCAGCCACCUGUCCUGUGAGGAUCAGGCUGCAGUGGUGGUCCACUGGUCUGCAAGUCCAUUAGGCAUUGAACAUAUUAAAGGCUUCAGGGUUUACCUGGAGGACAAGAAUCCAGAAGGGAAACAGUGUCAACAUCUCAUCCUCAAAGACCCGCGGCAGCUCAACUUUUCCUACAAGAGCACGAAGCUGAGCAGCCAACCAUUUAGUGGUUUGACCUUUGACACUGACUACAUGGUUCGUGUUGUUCCUUUCCCGAGUCUAAUGAACGAGAGUUUCUUCCCACCAUCGUUUCUCCGGACCAACUCGUGUGAAGUCCUGCUGGGAUCAGACAACUUGGUUUGUAAACCAUUCUGGAAACCAAAGACUCUGAAUGUGUCCCAGCUGGGCUCCAACCUCCACGUGGCCUUCGAUCAGGCUCCACCCUCUUUUGGCUUCAACUUCUACUACCUGUAUUACAAACUGCGGCAUGAUGGACCUUUCAAACUGCAGCGCUGUAAAUCAGACAUGAACCAGCCCAGGGCUACCUGCGUCCUGCAGGAUGUUACUCCAGGAACAUACACCGUAGAGCUGAGAGACGACAGUAACACGACCAGGAGGCAGACGCAGUACCAUGUCAGCCAGGUGCACUCCCAGUGGGCGGGGCCUAUUCGUGCCAUGGCCAUCACGGUUCCUCUGGUCAUCAUGUCUGCGUUCGCCACUCUCUUCACUGUCAUGUGUCGGAAGAAACAGCAAGAAAACAUCUACAGCCAGCUGGAUGAGGAGAGCAGUGAAUCGUCUAAUCAGAGCGCAGCCUUGAACGCAGAUCGCCCGUGGCCUCGUCCCAAAGUCUUUAUCUGUUACUCUAACAGAGACUGUCCCAAACACACCAGUGUCAUCCAGAGCUUUGCCUUCUUCUUGCAGGAUUUCUGCAACUGUGAGGUUGUGCUCGACCUGUGGGAACAUCUGGAGAUGUGCAAAGAAGGUCAGAUGUCAUGGUUAAGCAGACAACUGGACGAAGCCAACUUCAUCAUCACCGUCUGCUCCAAAGGCCUACGCUACUAUGUGGAGAGGAAAAGCCGUAGAGGGAAAACGCCCGUCAGUCGCUGCAGCAGCAGUAGCAUCAGCUCUGCCGGCGGUGGAUCCAGCAGUGACCUCUUCACCGUGGCUGUGGCUAUGAUAGCUGAAAAGCUACGUAUGGCCAAGCAAAGGGAAGGCGAAGAGACUCAGGCGCUGAACCGAUUUUUGACCGUUUACUUUGACUAUUCAACAGAAAAUGACAUUCCUACUAUGCUGAGUCUGGCUCCCAGGAUUAAAUUGAUGGAUCAGCUGCCUCAGCUUUUCAUUCGACUCUAUUCUGGUCCGAGCAGUUUGGCUGGACGUGAGCAGCCGCCUCUCAACAUCUCCAGGAGGAACUACUUUAGGAGUAAAUCUGGACGCUCGCUCUACGUCUGCAUCUGCAACAUGCACCAGUACAUCAGCCAGAACCCAGACUGGUUUGAGAAGCAGUUGGCUCCUGCAGCAGGUUCCGCUUCAAAACAUUCUCCUCUCCCCUCUGUGCCCGGUCCGACUCCUCCUCCAAAACCUGCCAGUUGCUCCUCCUCCUCACUCCAGCCCGAGCAGAGGUUUGACUCUGGCUUGGUGCUCAAUGAAGUGGCGGUGAGGACGCCGUCGUUGGAUGAUGGGAACGGCAUUCCCAAGAGGAAUAUUGUCCUAAUGGCACCAGGCUCUCGUCCCUUUUCCAGCACAAGUUCUGGUCCGUGCCCAAGUCCUAGUCCAGGUCCUAGCCCUUGUUUGGGAACCAGUACUAGUCUGUGUCCCAGUCCGGUGUUGCCACACUGUUCCAUGUCAACGUUGGGACCAACCUCAAGAUCAACUUCUGGAGUGUCUGGAUUCUCAAAUGAAGACACUCUGUGCUCAUCAUCAUCAUCAUCAUCAUCCUCGUCCUCUGCUCCAACUGUCCUCACAGACACUUUAUGCUCUCUCCAGAUAGAGGAUGUCCAUCUGUCGCCUCCAGACCUCCCACCUCCCCGAGAUUCAGGCAUUUACGAUUCAUCUGUUCCUUCGUCAGAGCUUUCCAUUCCUUUAAUGGAGGGGCUGUCACAUGACCAAGCUGACAACUGCUCUGUGGCUGACAGCGAAUCCUCUUCUUCGGGUCUCGGGGAUGAGGAGCCGUCUGUUGUCACGUCUCUGCGCUGCAGCACGGCUACGGUUUGUAAAGCUGACCUUCACCACUGCCAGUUGGAGCACAGUGAGGGACUCGCUCAUGUGGCAUCACUAUGAGGACCCAGCCUUGCGGUCAGCCAGCAGUGCUGCAGCCUAAUGAUGUCAUCGCUGGACCUAACCUUCAUCAUUACCCGAACAGGAUGCGGACAUAAACAGAACAACUGAAAAGUUGUUGAAGAUUUUGGAAACUGUUGAGUUUUUGUCAGUCCUCAUCCACAAAAAACCCUCAAAGUCUCAUUCAGUAAAGAGUACAUUCUGAAGCAAUUGAUCAACAACCUGUUGUGAACACCGAGUCCACGAGUGUGAAGGAGCUGUUCAUGACCAAGCCUGGAGGACCCUAAGGUGCAGCGUCUCUGGAUGUUGGACCACAUAGACCAAAGACCGCCUCAACACGAUGAGUGACUGACUCAUGAGUGGACAUCUGGUACCACAGCAUGACACAGGAACUUUGUACAGGCACUUUCCUGAGGCAGGAGCACAAAGACACGCAAAAAUGUUCCAGAUCAAUAAAACUAACAUGCAACAGCUUCAACAUGUGUUCAAGCUAAUGUGCCUUAUUAUGAAAUGGAGCAUUUUUGUUAGAAGGGAUUUUUUUUUCUCUUUUUAAUAACAUUUUUGAUUUUACCUUACAGAAAAUGUUAAAAUAUUUAAAUGAUGACUUAUAAUAGAAGUGAUUACAUUUCUGAGCCCCACCAAAUAACACAUACAUCAAGUGUGAAAAAAUGUGCUUUCUUUUUUAUCACAAACUCAGUGUUUGGUCAUUGAUGCACACCAAAGUCAAAGUGUUUAAAAGAAUAUUAAAAACUCAAUAUGCAAGAUAUUUCUUAUCACAUAAGAAAAUGACCAAGAAGAAAUUAAGUCCCAGAAACUUAAAAAAUCACUUUGUUGGUCAAUAUUAAUUUAACCAGAACUGUUGACUUAAAUGACUGUUUAAAGUCAUUGUUAAUAUGUUUGGCUUCACUGGAAAGUCCUUCCAUUUCAUAUAUUCUGCUUCAUUUUUAUGCAUGUGUUCUGACACUCUGAAUGAUGGAUUGUUUUGUAAUCACUUUGUUCUCACAGCAGAAGUUUAGAAAGCAGAGAAGCUGCAGAGCUCAGAUUACUGGAAGGGAAGAGUCAGCAUUUCCUACCUGUAAAUAGUAAUUGUAUUUUUUUAUUGCUUGGAAAUGUCUGCUUUGUAACAUGUUUGUAUAGUUAGCCAGUUUUUUAAAGGAAAUGUACUGUUUUAUAGUACCUUAAUGUAGGAAAUAAAAAUUUCAGUCUAUUGUAAGUUCCACACAUCAUUUUGUUCAAUUAAAGUAGAUAAAUACGUCACCUCAGAUAAAUCAAAAAGAGGAUU